UAACAUUGAUAAGAAUGCAAUUUUUUAUUCAGAUUUCGGAAUAGGGAUUUCGAUCUGUCUAUAGGUUCUAGAACUAUAUUUUUCRCAUUUCAUUAGUUAUAUAUAUUUGUGAAUAUAUUUGUGAAACACUUUACCUUACCAUGUCUUUUAUACCGUAUGAAAUUAUUACGCAUAAAAGACAAGUGUGUUCACUUUAUAAAAAAGCAUGCAGGACUAUCGAGGAUUGGUAUCAUUACAGACCAUUGAUGCGAAUUAAGAUUGUGCGCUUAAGAAAACGUUUUGAUGACAACAAGAAUAUAAUAGAUGUACCGACAGCACAARAAUUGUUGAAAAAAGGUCAACAUGARCUAUGGGCUAAUCAGCAUUAUUAUCCUCAUCAGUUUCCAUCUUCACCUGGUGGAACAGCAUUUGACCGAGAUUGUUUUCCUCCUGACUGGGUAUUGGAUUCUUGGCAUCCAUUAGAAAAAGCUCAGUAUCCAAAAUACUUUGCCAAACGAGAAGAACGCAAAAAAGAGUACAUAGCAUUAUGGGAGAAACGCUGGGGAAAGCCAUUCAUUCCACAUGAUGAGCAUUAAACGGAAUUUCUUUCUGUGGAUUGUAGUGGAUUAUUGAUUGUUGCUAAUUAGCGAUUGUUAUCAUAAAAUAAUAUGAUGUAUCAUGUWUGUAAAAUAAAUAAUGAAUAAAUUUAGAUUUCCUUAUUA